AUGGAUCAUAAUUUACGAGAUUUGCUGAAGCAGGAACGGUUUUUACGCAAGAAGUUCGACACGGUACGAAAUUUCCUACAUAACUUCGACGCAGAUCAACAUAAUUGCCAAUUGGACGUUCGACUACAGCGGCUCGAGGAAACUUUUAAGGAGUUCCAGAUCGUACGUCAAAGGAUCGAGUUACUCGCAGAAGAAGAAAGUGAGCAAACACCACCCGAGCCUAAGGAGACGGAAAAAGAAUGGGCAGAACGCGUAACCGGUUUGAACUUAGCCAGAGAAGAAGAAAAUUGGAAGGUACUGUCCGAGAUGGAAGAAAUUUUCUGCACUUUGAAGGGUGAAAUUAUGUCCCUGAAGCAACAUGAGCGUCGGUCAGAACCAACUGUAAGAUCAUCAACCACAGAAUUUGGUGAGACAUCGGUAGGACUAUCUCGUAUGAAACUCCCAGACAUCCGCCUACCAACUUUCAGUGGGCAACUGAAAGAAUGGAUGAUAUUCCGUGACAAUUUUCAGAACCUGAUUCAUCGAAAUAACCAGUUGAUGCCCAUGGACAAGUUUACGUAUUUGCGAUCCUCACUGAUAGGAGAGGCGUUAAAGGCAAUUGACUCUGUGGAGUUAUCAGCAGUUAAUUAUGAGGUGGCGUGGACGUUGUUACAAAACCGUUAUGAGAAUCGUAAAUUGAUUGUAAAAGCUUAUCUAGAUGCCUUGCUCGCUGUGCAGAGUAUGAAGAAAGAAAGUUACGAUUCACUGAAUCGGCUAAUCAGCGAUUUCGAGAUGAAUCUCAUGAUGUUGGACAAAGUGGGGGAACCAACAGCUAACUGGAGCACAUUGUUGGUUCAUAUGAUGUGUACGCGACUAGAUGGGACAACUCUCCGACAUUGGGAGUCUCACCAUAACUCCAAGGACGUGCCUAGCUAUGAUAAACUAAUCCAGUUUCUUCGAAACCAUUGUUCGGUUUUACAAUCGGUUGCUGGUAACAAGCCAAAGCACCACUCGCUGUUGCACACAAACUCAUACCCGGUCAAUUCCUCUGUCGCGCAAUCAAGAAGUCAAACCACCAAUCAACAGCAGUUACAAACACCUCGAUCGAACCUCAACCAACCGAUACACACUCAGACGACACAAACUCACUCCCAGUUAUACACUCCAACAUCAGCCAAUCACCUACCACCACAAACCAGUCAUGCACGUGUAGAAAUACUGUCGCGCUUCCUGUCAGUACUAAAACCCAUUCUAAAGAAGUUCUUCUGUCAACCGCCAUCGUUCGAGUAG